GGGCAGCCGAGCCGAGCUCGACUGGUCCGGCAACAAUGAGCUGACAUUUCCAGCUGUUCACCGUACAACAACAAGCGGAUGUCAAUCCUUGGAAUUCUCACGCAUUUACAUUGCAGUUUGACGGGACGUUUAAAGUGGAUCUGAACCCACCUAACAGCGCGAAGCCAGGCAUAAGUUGCAAUCAGCAUGGGGAUGGAGCAGCGAGGACUAGCUGACGACGGUGACAUCCACAAACAUUGCAUGACUUGCAUAAAAGUACUCAAAUGUAGCACUCGGCCACAGAAAGACAGAGGGUGCCGCAUCGUGUCCUGUGAAUUCGACUGUGGUGCCCGUUUUCACAUGUGCAAGCUCAAAGAACACCUCGUGCUGUGCUCAAACGUUAAGGUGCCAUGCAUCAACUAUGUGAGCGGCUGUCCAGUGUGGCUCUUACGUGGCCAGAUGGGCAAGCACCUACGACAUUGCCCAGCAAGUGUCGUUCACUGCACGAUGGAAUGGAAUCGCUGGCCAUCCCAAGCACCCUCUCCUUGUGGUUCUGCUUCGCAGCUGGACGUGGCUCUUGCCUUACGGGACCAGCGAGCGCUCAACUUGGCCCAGCUUACUUCUCAGAACGGGACUGAGACUGCACAUCAGCCAUCUACCAAUGGGCAUGUCAGGAACACCAGCGAGGACGGCUGCAUCACAAUGGAUGUGUUUUCAUUCGACAACUAUGACACCCCAUGGGAAACCAAGAAAGUGCCUCCGGGACUGCAGAGGAGUGUUUGUAGCGAACUCUAUCGUGCGAGUCGCCAUGCUACAGAAUCCCUGGCAGCUGCAAUAACCGUCAUCACGGGCCAUGCGCCUUCACGGAACGGAUGCUACACCGUGAACGGGGCUGGGUCGUCCGACACUCCCAGCGCCUUGAAUGGUCGCUCGUGCUAUGAUCCUCUACCAUCUUCGGGAACAAUGUGCCACAAUGGAAGUGGUCCCGAAGGUGCCAUUCAUCUCAACGGAGUCAAAGCUUUAGACAGUAAGAGCCUGUACAGCAUUGAUCUCAAGACCAGUGGAAGUGACUCUAACUGUGGAGCAAAAGGAGCGCCCGCUAAAUACUCACCUCUCAAGCUCGAUCUCAACCUUGAGUGCAUCGCAUGGUACCAGUCUAAACCAGAGUCCAUGUACACCUUUCCAUGUGGCCAGGUCUUCCGUCGUGACGAGUACGCCUGGCACUACCAAAAUGUUCACAGCGAAAUUCAUGGGGGCCUCAAUGGCUGGCUGGAACAGCGUUGUCCUCUGGCACAGUAUGGCUGCACGUUUUCACGGCGGCGUCUUUACCCAUCUCCACCAGGGUCAGUGUUGGUUCACAACGACAUCAUAGAGAGCUUUGGACUCCAGAUUCCAUCACCAACAUGCAGCGAUUUAAGGAUCACAAAUGGGUAUGGGUCACCCGAGAAAGCAACAACACAUCAACAAAUCAGCAUCAGCCAGGACAAAGCAACUAGGAAACACGCUAAAACGGCUUCGUUCAACAAUUUACCAUUUGAGGUGCUGCAACAUAUAGCAAGGUUUCUAGACGGCUUCAGUCUAAGCAACUUUGCCUUAGUAUCAAGAGCAAUGCGGGACAUAUGCCGUUCCCUUCUCGAAGAAAGGGGUAUGGUGGUCUUGCACUGGGAAAAGCAAGGUGGCUGCUGGAAGGUUUCUCACAAGCGCUGGUACUUCAGCACUGCCUUCUCCCCAAUUCAAGACUGGUGUUUCUCGGAUGACAGCAACAUGUCAAACCAUCUCAGCCACUGCCCGUACUUCCUUCGAAACGUCAAGGUGGAGCCGUUUUUUGGUCUCUGUGCCAACGCACGCCCUUUUGAGAUGAUAUUGAAAGAGGAAAUUAGAGUGCCUCAUCAUAUUUCACUGGAAGCUAUGAUGCUGUCACCCAUAGGAAAGCCAGAUUACGAACGGCAAAUGACAAAGUUGUAGAGAUUGUGACCCUGUGAAUGUGCGUCGAGAACUGUUUUGUAAACUGAGUGUCGUGGUAGUAGGUUGGAUGCUAGAGAGAAGCUGUGGUGCUGCUGCUAUGAAUGUAAGGUAAUGUAUGUCACUCGAGCAUGAUUAUAAUUUGAGUUCUAGUUCGAUACAAGUACUUUAUGACAAAUGACAUGACAUGUUCACACAUGUUCUCUAAAGCUCUUUGGAAGUAUAUUCCUCAUGUAGUGUUGCAUAAAAUAUUCCAUAUAACUUCCAGAAAAUUACUUUCGUGUUUUUUUAUACAAGUUUCCUGCAGCCUACCCUGCCAGAUUAAAAACAUUGUCCUUAGAAAUGUGCAGGUGCAGAAGUCUCAAUACCACUGCCCUGAGCAUGCAAGUGUAUCAAAUGCAAUGGCUCUCCUAUAUAGUUUUUGAUGCCUUAGGGGAUAUAAUUUUCUAUUUUUAGAAUGCAUUCCUGCACUUCAGGCAUUUUGAGGCUGUGAAUUUUACGAGUGUACCGUGUAUAUCUAGCACCGGCUACUGUGCAUGUUGUUGCUGUAAAUUGUAAGCAGUAAUGUAACUGCUCAAAUUUUAUGCAAGGCAGCGUGACUUGAAACAAUAUCGCAGCUACUGGAUGGCUCUGCUUUCCUUUUCUUUUUAACCUUUUGAUUGUCUUUAUUUAUUUAUAUUUUUGCGUAGCUUCAUUGCUUCUGGAUGCCUAAAAAUAUGGGCUGGGCUGGAAGGCUGUGUCCAGUCGUACUGAGCCACCUAGCAGUCCAGGUGAAUUUGCCAGUCUGCUUAUACAUGAAAUUUGUCAGUCCUGUGCUUAGCUAAUUUAUAAAAUUAUAUUAAUUAAUGUGAAACCAUUGUACUGACUAGCUAUUUUUAGGCUUCGUGUGAUGUUCUAUGAUGAUGUGAAUGACGUGUUUCCUAUAAUUAAAUCAACAAGACUUAGGGAAGUGGCACACUACAUUCCUCCUCGCAGGCUUUUUUUUUCUUUUUGAAGUUAACUACCUUUAUCGCAACUUUUUAGCAGAAAAUAAGUUCUGCCCCGUGCUCCCUCUCCUCCACAACAAACCCAGCACCAAACUUAGGUCCUGGACCUCCUGGACCCGCACUUGGUCUGAAACUCUAAAAUGGAAAACCUUCGCACAGACGUUGAAGCUGAAUAUUUUCAUUUUAUCACUUCUAUUUACUUUCCUGCAUGACCUCCUUUGCAUACACUCUGAGAAUUAAUAGCAAUUGCUCCUGCAUAUGUCUGUGCAACUAGGUACAUAAUUGAGCAUCAAGAAAUAGGCUUCGAGAAAGUAAGAGAAAUUUGGUAAGAAAAAGUACGAAGACUUAUUUUAUGGUUACAAAGUAAUCAAAAGCUAGUUUUACGUGCUAACUGCUAUUUAAAUGCUAUCGCUUACUGUGAAACCCUUUUAAUUUUGCGACACAAAAUUUUUGUGAAUUGGACCCAGGGUGCAUAUUCACGGCCACUGAAUUACGUGAAAUCUGGAUGCUACUACUAGUUUGUGGCUUGUGGGCUUUAUGGCCCUUGCUAUAUUUAAUUGAGGUAGUAUUGUGCACGCUUGUGCUGUAAAACAGCUGAAAUGCUUACUAGCAACAGGGGGUGAAAAUAAAGUUAACGAUUAUAUCGUCGUUUUGGAAGUAUAAAUUUUUGCUCAGAAUUUUUGCAUGCCCUUCAAUCACAAAAUUUUCUUAUUCACACAAGAAUUAGGGGCAUGUAAAUAAUAAGUGAUUUACGGUACUUUUUUAAUGCAUAUAGAAUGACAAUCUUUGAAAAAUUUUGUGUAUGUUCUCGAGUGACCUGCCUCAGUAUGCUGAAAGAAUGUGGUGUCAGCCUCGUGGUACAUAAUUAGGGGACUGUGCAUCUCACUCCCAUGCUAACAGAAUAAGAAAUUUGAAGCAAUCCACACUGCACACAAUGUGUGUGCCACAGAUAGCAACCUUGCUGCCUGCUAACAGCAAACGUUAUACUCUGUUAUUUAUUUUUGCUCAAGCUGUCGCAUAGCGAUGGGCUCUGCAGUUUUUGGUUCAGCAUUCAGACGUGGGUUAUCACAUGGAGGCAGUGCAAUUCAGCUGUGAUACUCAAUUUUGAUAUCCUUUCUUAUUAUUAUACUUGUGUAUGACCACUAAACAAAGAUGUAACCAAUGUGGUAACCUUGACACAGGCUCAAAUUAAAAUUAUUUAGCUACGUGUUGAAUGGUUCGUUUCAACUAUAGCAAUGCAGCACUCCUUUGUAUACAGGUUGUUUACACCUCACUGUGGGGUCAGUAUGGUAGUAGUUUGUACCCUAUAACAAUUGAGUAACUAUUAAAAGGGGGGGCUCCUGCUCUUGCUUACAACGAAUUUUCUCUAUAUACAUACUUAUGCAAGAUACUCUCGAUACAUACAGUCUCAGCCUGCAGGAGCACUGCAGAAGACAAGCAGAAGCUUGUGGGUGGACAGUUCAGGUAUUUCUCUGGUUCUGUGCUGCAUUUCAAGUAUUCCCUUCAUUGUGGAAUGGGCUACAAGUAUUUUGUGCCCAUUUGUAAUUCAGGAUUUCACAGCUGUCUAAUAGAGACACCAUCUGAUUCCUGCUUGACUUCAAGAAUGGAGGAAGCCAUGAAUGAAUCGUGCUACAAAUGAGACAUUUUGUUUCAAGGUCAUCUGCACACAAAACUAUGACAAAUACGAAGGGCAUACAAUCAUGAACAUGACACUACCACUACCAUUAGUGAAUGCCGUACUGACAUCAUUAGUUAGCAAUUGCUCAGCUUACUUGAGCUUUCAAAAGAGACUAAGUGUCAUCUGGUCUGAGGUAUAUCCGAACUGCUUUCUUGUUUGGAAGUCGCGGGAAAAAAAGAAUUUACUGUGCUGCACCUGGCAACAUAGAUUGUGAUAGCUUGAGCAAGGGGUUAAUUGCAUGUACAGAAUCUUGUCGAGACAGACGCGUUUGGUGUGCAUACAGAUUUUGCAAAUACGUUAUUGCCAAGAUCUUUUAUGACGAUAUAAUAAUAGCCAUUGCAAAGUUCAUUAAACAGAGUAAUCCUGAAUUGAAGAAAGAAUUGAACUCAUGAUCUUGAGUGCUUUAGUUGUUAUAAUAUACAUCGACCACAGUUCGGAUGUUAUGUUUGAGUAUCUGUAUUCUCUAUACAAUAAACUACAUGUGUCUUGA